AUGUUGAUUUGGAUAUCGAGACCGUGGCGGAAGGAUGAAUGUACGGCAAAUCGAGCAGCCCAGGCUGCAGCGGUGGACGGGAGGAAUGGGGGCGGCGAUGGAAAGGAAGUCUAUGCGACACUAGAACAGGUGCCAAGCUGUCAAUCUACCGGCGAUGAGACCAAGGGAGCCGGGGAGCUCGUGGAGGACUCAGCUGGGCCGAGAGUACUGCAGCAAAAGCUCAUCUUGCAAGAUGCGCUGUAUGCGCUGCAUUAUGCAGGCUAUGUCCCGGAUCCGGCACUGUCGACCCAGCGAAGUUCAACGGGCUGCUAUGUUAUUGCAACCAGAGAUUACGUCGAGAAUCUCUGA